CGGCCAUGCGGCAGUUUAACUUUCGAUUUGUGCUCAGUUUUGCGCACGGCUGUUGUUCGUAUUUACUGCUUUAAGCGUCCACAUACCAUGGAUACAAUUAAGGAGUUUCUUUCUCGUAAAGGUUUCAACCAUUUGAGCUUCUUUGUGGUGAUUUGUUCGGUGGUUUUUGGAAUCAUUCUGCCUGGAGUCUUCGCUUAUAUUGAAGCCAGCGAACAAAGAUAUUUUAGCUGCCAAAUAAAAGGUCGAGAAAACAAAGAUUUCCUUGAAAAAACGUGUUUUACUGACUACCAAGCCAAAAACACAAACGGUUUUCCACUUUAUGGUUUUGUUCUUUUAAACUUCUUAUUGGUUAUAAUGGUGUGCAUCUGCUACUCUCAGUCUGUUCUAUCUAAAGUGAAAUACCUUGAAAGCGAAGACCCCGAAAUGCAAACAAACCAAUCUACUUGUCUAUUAUAUCGUAGGUAUUGCAUUCAACUCGCUGUUAGAUUCACUCUACACAUGAUAUUUUUUAUUCUACAAUGGGCAGUCUUAUAUCCUGUCAACUUUCCUUCCAAGUACGCCUGUGAAUUGUCGAGCAAUCUUGAAGCAAAACAUUCGAAUAUCACAAGUAGCGAUGCAGCAAAUGUCACCCGGUCUUGGUAUGAUUGUCAUAAUUCACAAGCAGAAACGAAAAAGUUCUGGACCAUUACAGUUUUUGUAGUCAAUGGUCUAUCUCAUAUUUUUAUCCUUCUGGAGUUGAUAUAUGUCAUGAGGAAAGCUAAAAUCAAUGUGUAUUUUAGGGAAGAUUUAGGGUUUUUCAAUAUUCAUCUGCUAAACAAGGACAACGUCUUUGAAAAUUACUUAGCGGAAAUGAAGAAAAAUAUUAAGAAGAACACGAAGUUUUAUGAACCCCUUCUUCCAAAUAUUCCUGGUGAAAAGAGAAAAUUGCUCGAACUUGACGAAAUUUACACCAAUCUGAUCAUUUACCAUGGAAGAGUAAAACACGAAUUCAGAGGAGAAAGACACGAGAUAUUCGAAGGAUACCUAAGGUCACAAGAACAUCAUCAGUCCAUGAACAAGAUUGAAAACAUUUUUGAACCAGAACCAGAAAACCCACAAGAAAGACCUCUCUCUAUCAUGAUCAUUGGUCGACCGGGUAUUGGCAAGAGCUUGUUAUGUCUGCGGAUCCUUCGUGACUGGGCCUGUGGUAAAACCUUCAACGAGGAAGCAGGAGAAGGGAAAUGUUUUGAAUUUGUUUAUCUUUUCAAAUUUAGACAUUUCAACAGUGAUGAGAAAAUAAAUCUUCAGCAACUGCUAAAAAGAGGUCAUUUCGCGGGAGCGGUUGCUAAUGAGGUCUACCAGAGGAUACUAAGCCACCCAGAAAAAGUGUUGCUUAUUUUCGAUGGUCUUGAUGAAUUUGGAAAGAAAGAAAACAUUGUUAAAGAAGAAGAAUUUGGGAACAAUCUUGCAGAGACACUUCCAUUCUCUGCAUUGUAUGCCAAGUUAACACUAGGAGAACUCUUCAAAGGAGCUACAGUUGUAACUACCUCAAGACCAACUGCUCUUUCUUAUGUAUCAUUUCCAAAUAAAACGUUUGACCGAACUUUGGAAAUUCUGGGAUUCAAUUCAGAGGAAAUAGAAAAAUACGUGGAAAGGUUCUGUCAACACUCUACUCUAAAAGAGAAAUUAUGGAAUCACAUCAGCAUCAAUGCAAAUCUUUUGUCUUUGUGCUACAUUCCUGCAAAUUGUCACAUUGUGUGCUAUUCGUUACAAGAACGACUAAUAAUACGAGAUGAAGAAAGUGUUGAUGAUUUGCCAACUACACUCACUGAAAUUUACGAAGAUGCAUUGGUGCUUAUUGUCUGCAAACACAACCCACACUAUCGUUGCAGUCGUCCUAAACAAGAAAAGCUGUUAUCUGAACAAGGCUUCGAUCCUAAAGUAGAAGAAUCUUUGAAACGUCUAGGGGAAAUAGCUUAUGAUGGAAUUGAAGAGAAUAGGCUGAUCUUUGAAUCAAAUGAAGUCAAGAAACAUGAAGAAAGUGGUCUGCUUCAUCGGCUGCCCGACCAAAAGGUUGGUGUUAUCCGACACAAAGAACAGUACUGCUUCCUUCACUUAACGAUUCAAGAGCUUCUGGCUGCAAGAUACAUCGUAAAGAGGAAAAGUUUGAACGAACUGCAAAGCUGGAUUUCUGAACAUCUACAUGAAGGCAAGUGGGAAGUAGUGAUGCAGUUUGUUGCUGGGUUGGUUCAUCAUAAAGAACAUAUGAACUCUAUAGCAGGGAUUUUUAUUGAAAGUUUACCUCGGCAAACAUCUGAUGAAAUAUGGGUGCCACCAUAUGCACAAAAGGAGCUAGUGAUCAGACUUUUCAAGUGCAUAUUUGAGAUUUCACGAAACUCAAAUAACCAAUGGAAAAGCUUGGUUGCAGACAACUUGAGUGAUGUAGUACACAUACAGCUGGUUAACAUGUCAUUAACUGAUGUUGAUAUUACAGCGAUAGUGUUCGUUUUACAAGAAAUAAAGAGUAUUGUAAGUGUGAAUGUAAGUGGCAACCACAUUACAUCUAUUGGUUGUCAGGAGAUGUAUAAGCUACUGACGAUGUCAGAAUGCAAACUAACUACGUUGUUCAUCAGUUACAACCCAAUAGGUGAUGAUGGAUUAAAACACUUGUCUAUUGCACUGGCUACAAAUGAGUGCAAACUAACCACGCUGGUUAUCAGUUUGGACCAAAUAAGUGAUUUUGGAUUAAAGCACUUGUCUGAUGCACUAGCUAAAAAUGAGUGCAAACUAACCACGUUGGACAUCUGUGGCAACCGAAUAGGUGAUGAUGGAUUAAAGCACUUAUCUAUUGCACUGGCUAAAAAUGAGUGCAAACUAACCACGUUGGACAUCAGUAAGAACCAAAUAGGUGAAGAUGGAUUAAAGCAUUUGUCUGAUGCACUCGCUACAAAUGAGUGCAAACUAACCACGUUGAAAAUCAGUCAGAACCAAAUAAGUGAUGAUGGGUUAAAGCACUUGUCUAUUGCACUCACUACAAAUGAGUGCAAACUAACCACGUUGAACAUCAGUUACAACCAAAUAAGUGAUGAUAGAUUAAAACACUUGUCUGAUGCACUUGCUACGAAUGAGUGCAAACUAACCACGUUGGACAUCAGUUGGAACCAAAUAAGUGAUGAUGGAUUAAAGUAUUUGUCUGAUGCACUCGCUACAAAUGAGUGCAAACUAACCACGUUGGACAUCAGUCACAACCAAAUAAGUGAUGAUGGAUUAAAUUAUUUGUCUGAUGUCCUCGCUACAAAUAAUUGGAUACUGAAUUUGUUUAAAUGAAGCCACGAUGCGACAAUAGAGAUCUAUAUCACAAUAGACAGCAGGGCCGGGUUGUUCAAAGCUGGAUUGGCACUAAUCCAGGAUUAACUCUAUAGAUCUUUUUAAGAGUUAACUAAGGAUUAGCACUAAUCGGGCUUUGAAAAACUGGGCCCUGAAGUAGAAUAAAUUUAUUUAUGAUAAAACUAAAAGAUAAACACUGUAACUGUGAACGAAAUCCCACCCCACCCCCACCCCACCCCCAAAAACCCACAAAGUUUAGUUGAAAGAAACAGCUACGUACUUUAUAAAUAAAUGAAUGAAUGAAUGAAUGAAUGAAUGAACUGUUUUUCAAUUAAAAUCCAAAAAUGUCUUGGGUUUGGAAAACCAAUUGUUUUGGGGAACAUGUUCAAGUUAAUGUCACCUAUAUAUACUCUAAUGUCAUAUUUGUAAACACAGGCUCUCUAGCCAAUCAGAUUGAGAGUUGUAUUGAACUAGUGUUAAUGAUUUUUUUAGAUAAGUUACAAAAUAAUAAACAUUUAAUUAG